AUGUCUUCAAGUCCAGAAAAGUCACAACUCAUUCAAGCAUACAUGAUUCUGCACUCUCAGCAGACCAACGUUCGUCGACGAUUAUCAGUCGACUCAAGCUCAAGCUCGGCGAGCAGUCCCAACUCGAGCACUUCAUCUUCAGCAAGCGUCUCUCCCAUGUCAUCAUUCUCCUCGCCCUCACCCGAGUUCUCGUUCUCAUCGAGAUCUCCUCCAUCUUCUUCUGGCCUCAGAAGACACUCCCGAUCAGCUUCUUUGAGUUCUCGUCGAGGCUCUCUCUCACCACCUACCUCGCCCCACCGAAUGAGCAUCACAUCCAUCCCGGAAGAACCUUCAGGACCACCACCGCUGAGCGUUGAUGAAGCCAAGCUUGCCGACAUUUCAUCUCGAAUCAAGACCACCCUUACCGACCUUUUGAACUGUGACGCUGUCAAGAAUGACCCUAGAAUGCGAUCAUGGGUUGCAACACGAUUGAUGGAUGUCGAGCAUGAGCUCAAAGAGCAAAAGAGACGACGACACAGCUCUCAUGCCGAAGAUGCAGAGGUGAUUGCAUCGCAUCUUCGUGUGUAA